AUAUUUGCUCUUUCUCACUUUAUAACCAAAUUUAAUACUUAGAAAUAAUAUGGCUUUAAAAACAUGGAAGCCAUUCCUAACUGUUGUAUCUCUACAAUUUGGAUACGCUGGACUGUCGAUCAUCGCGAAAUUCGCUCUGGACCGAGGCAUGAGCCCUCAUGUUCUAGCUGCAUAUCGCCAUAUCGUCGCUACAAUACUCAUGGCUCCAUUUGCUUUUAUCUUGGAUAGGAAAGUGCGGCCAAAAAUGACUCUGCCCAUCUUCUUUAAGAUAUUAGUGCUUGGAUUAUUGGAGCCAACACUGGAUCAGAACUUAUACUACACUGGUAUGAAGUACACUUCAGCAACUUUCACAGCUGCAAUGACCAAUGUUCUUCCUGCCUUUGCCUUUCUUAUGGCAUGGAUCUUCAGACUUGAGAAGGUUAACAUCCGGAAAAUACACAGCCAAGCCAAGAUUAUAGGGACAAUUGUGACAGUUGGUGGAGCAAUGCUUAUGACUGUUGUGAAAGGACCCUUAAUUCCUUUGCCUUGGACUAAUCCUAACGAAAAUCAUCAAGACUCAUCCAAUCCCGGGGUCAAACCAGAUCUUACAAAAGGCGCACUUCUCAUAGCUACCGGUUGCAUCUGCUGGGCCGCUUUUGUCAAUCUCCAAGCGAUCACGCUUAAGUCCUACCCGGUAGAGCUAUCAUUGACAGCUUACAUAUGCUUAAUGGGGUCUAUUGAAAGCACCAUCGUGGCACUUUUCAUCGAAAGGGGAAAUCCUGCUGCUUGGGCAAUCCAACUAGAUUCAAAAUUAUUAGCAGCUAUUUAUGGUGGGGUGAUAUGCUCGGGGAUUGGUUAUUACGUUCAAGGAGUAAUAAUGAAAACUCGAGGACCAGUGUUUGUGACUGCCUUCAAUCCAUUGAGCAUGGUCAUUGUUGCGAUCUUGGGUUCUAUAAUUCUUUCUGAAGUCAUGUACCUUGGGAGGAUUCUUGGAGCAAUUGUGAUAGUUAUUGGACUCUAUUCGGUUUUGUGGGGAAAAAGCAAAGACGAACCAUCAAAUUCGUUUGACUUGGACAAGGAACUUCCACUUAGUAAUCCACAAAUUUUGACAUUCUCGUCGAAAGCAAACGUAGAAAUGGGCACAAAGGAUGCAAGUGUUGUGAUCUCGAGGCCUAACACCAAUUAGUCUAGAAUAAACAAAGCACUAAUUAACGGCGAUUAUAAAAUAUAAUAAAAGAAACCAAUGAGUCCGAUUUCCAAAUAUUGGAUCGGUACUGAUUGGUAAAGUCAAGAGUGAUGUUGUUUUUGUAAUGCUAAUUUUGGCUUUGUUAAAUUUUGUAUCUGGCUAUGAUAUGUAAAAUGUUUUGCACUACUAAAAGUACCUA